AUGCCUGAUGUGCAAAUGGUAAGGUUGCGUGUACCUGAGGCCUAUAUGAUCUAUCCAAUGGACGUUGACCUGAAUAAUGUCUUGAUGGCAUACUCCUGCGGUUUGGCACUGAACGUGGUAAGUGCUCUACAAAAAAUAUUUCCUAGAAUUUAUGUUGACUUACGUUCAUUCAUAUAUUUUUAAAAUCAUUUAUCGUAUUCUGAGGAACACAUGAAUGUGCAAACCUGUCUAACAAAUGCAUGUCAGUUAGUCCGUAUAAAUACCACCCCGCUGCACCAGUUUCGCCGCUGACAACUGCUUCCCAGUUUUGAUUGGAAUACGUUCUUCCACUCUCCGAAGUCCAGCCUCGCUUAAUCAUUUGACAUGUUGUAUCUGUUAUAUUUUUCAAUUGACCCUUGACUCCAGCAAUAGUUUUAGAUAGAGUUUAUAGAUGGCAGUUGUUUUAAUUUUGCAUAUUUCGGGGAAAAUUGUGUUUUCAUGGUAUUGUUAUGCUUACAAGAAUGCGCUUUCGGGUCUUGAUAAGUCAUUUCAAACACCUGUUGUGUAACAACUGGUGCUCUAACCUGUGACCUAUUGGUUGCGCCUUCAACACUGACGAACACUAUGGUUGUUCUCUCAGCUGCGAUCGGCCAUGUACAAUAGUAGAAUUGCAACCAGUGAGUACCCCCUCACAAAACCACGCAGAAUCUAUGACUAGUUGUGUAUUCGGAUGACAGACCUUGAGUCAGAAUGGUGUAACCGACAAAGACUAGAGAGACUGGAAUGGCCAUAUCUGACUUGAGUUCAUUUCUGAGCAAUUGUUACCUCUCUGAGCUCAUCUGUCAAUUUGCAUGAAUGUAAAUUUGUUUAGAAGUUACGUGGCGUCGAGCAAUCAAGCUAGAGAAGCCCAUUCCCACCACUGUCCUUCUGUGUGUAUUUAGACAUGCUUGAAUCCGAGUCAUGCUCCUUGCGUAGAUAUUUGGUCGGAUAUUCGACCAUGGUCGGCAAGCGAGGACUUGAAUAUUGCUGUAGUACUUAAACCAGGGGCUGGUAAAUACUGAAACCUGGUGAAAGAUGCGCUUAUUUGUCAAAAAAGACUACAAGUCACCUGCAUAGAUAAUUUUGAAAUGCAUUUUUGUGCGGUAUCCGCCCAAAACCCGUAUGUUUACACCAUGCAAAGAACUCAGUAACGAAGGCGAAAAUACUCGUAGCCAAUGGUGACUAAUUUGCAGAGGAGACCGUAAUUGAAUUGGCGCUAACACCUUCAAUGGAAAAUCAACAUGUCGGCGGCACUGGCGUUUUCAGGAGCGUAAUGCAGGUGGUAGUUACCUCACCCUACGUCACAGUGAUAGACUGAGUUAUCCCAAAGAGCUAAUUAACUGGGAUUGCUUUUAAAGCUGACCAUGACAUCGCUAUAUUGUUUUUUCAAAGUCAUUCUUAUUUUUUUUAAAACAUUUAUCGUAUUCUGAGAAACACUUGACAUUUGAACUCGGUAGUCUGUUUAAAUCCGACAACUGUUUCCCCGUUUUGAGUGAGGAGGCGUUCUGCCUCACUUGAGUUUUUGUUUCUGUUAUAUUUUUCAAUUGGUCCUUGACUUCCGCAACAAUUUUAGAUGGAGUUUAAUGUUGACACCUGUUUAUAUUUUGCAUAUUUCGGGAAGGACUGAACUUUCGUGGCAUUGCUAUACUUAAAAGAAUGUUGUUUCCGGUUUUGAAAAGUCAGUUCAAACCCCUGGUGUGGAAAACCUGGUGCUCGAUCCUGCAAUCCAUUGGUUGGAAUUUCACCCCCCUAAACAUUGAGGCACAGUAUGCCUGUUCAGUCAACUGCGAUCGGCCACGUACAGUAGUAGAAUUGGAACCAGUGAGCACCUCCUCACCGAACCACACAGAAUGUAUGAUAAGUGGUGUAUUCGAAUGACAGAUCUUCUAUAAUAAUGGUAUAACCGACAAAUACUAGAGCUACUAGAAUGGCCAUUUCUGGUUUGAGUUCUUUUCUGAACAUUUUGUCCCGCUCUGAGCUCAUUUGUCAAUUUGCAUGAAUGCAAGUUUGUUUGGAAGUUACGUUGCUUCGAGACCUCAAGCAGGAGUAGCCCAUUCCCAACACUGUCCUUCUGCGUUUAUUUAGACAUGGUUGAAUCCGAGUCAUGAUCCUGGCGUAGAUAUUUGGUCGGAAAUUUGAUCGUGAUCUGAAGCGGGGACUUGAAUAUUGCGGUAGUAUUUUAAAGAGUGGCAGGUAAAUGCGGAGACGUUGUGGAAAAUGCGUUAGUUUGUAAAAUAAGGCUACGAGCCACCAGUAUAGAUGACUUUGGUAUGCAUUUUUGAGCGGUAUCCGCACAAACACAGUACUUCCAUACCAUAAAAAGAACUCAGUAACAAAGGCGAAAAUACUCGUGGCCCAAUGAUGACGAAUUUCCCGAGGAGACAGUUUCCGAAUUGGCACUAACGCCUUUAAUGGGAAGUCAACAUGUCGGCGUCACUGGUUUUUCCAGGAGCGUGAUGCAGGUGCUCGUUACUCCACCUGACGCCACUGUGAUAGCCGGAGAGGUACUGAGUCGUCUCAUAGAACAAAUAAACUGUAAGUGUCCUCAAAAUAUUAAGUACCUGAUUCCUCCCCACCUCUGGGGCAUUCGUUAAAUGAGACAUGUUCACCAAAUAUUCCAUGAGUAAGAAAAUGUUUUGCCGAACAAUUUAACAAGCCUGGUUGCAAUGAAUUGGGCAUCGAAACAUGUAGAAGGCUACAGCAGGCGUAAUGAAACUUCAGUGACUUCUUUUAAAGAGAUAUGUCAUUUCUUACUUAUUUUUAAAAAUCAUCUGAUGAAUGUUAUUUUUUAGAUUGAGGCGUGAUUAAGGCGUGAUUUCAGAUCAACCAGACAUUGGAUUCCUUUACGUUUUUUGUAAAUGUGACAUUGCCAAAUAGAUUGUCGUAUGCACGAUAUGUCAUAGACGUAGACUUUUAGUUAGGAUAGAUCAACUAGAUAUAGUCGGAUUUACAAACGAUGGAUGGGAAAAAGAGCCCGUGGCUCAGUGGGUUUUGCGCUGAAUCAACAGAUUUUGCACAACUCCGAUUUGGGCAUGUGCAACUGACGACGACUGAUCAGCCAGAAUUGGCCAUUCCGGUCUCCCUCGUCUUUGUCGAUAAUAACGUUCUGUCCAUAUAUGUAAGACGGCAACAACAAGGCAGGGGAAACAGGAUUGCCCGUUUCUGGCUCACUAGCCGUCGGCGCCAGCCACAUCUAACCCCGGACGUUGACUGCCUGGAAUUCGAGCCAGACGUCAUUGAUCAUUGUGGGAGACGCUCUACCAUCGAGCAACGGCCUGCAAUGAUAUUCUGCUUAUUGAAAACGCCGCUGUGCAGCUGCUGUCAGGGCUCGAGAAAGAACUCCAAGACAAGAGUAAGUUCUCCAACGCGAUCUGUUAGCGGCUCUUCACCAUACGUGCGAUUAACAGUUUCUGAGUACAGCUUUGUGUUAUUCAUGACUGUUUACAUCGUUUGCUGUUUCUGUACUAACCUGGACUCGUAGAUGGUAGUAGCCCCUUAUCGGAAUGUGGGGAGGGUUAACAAAGAAUUCAUCAUAGAUUGCUGUGUUCGGUUUACGGACAAUUGUACAUUCGACAUUUUUUGUAUCUUCAGAAACCCAUCAACAACCCCAACAUCUCCAUUGUCUACAGCAGCGGGUCAGUGUGUGCCUCAGGGACCGCCAAUUCCUACUGGACAAUGAUCAUCGUAAAGAGUGCCCUCACCAACUACGCCCGACGCCUUCAGUUGCGUAAGAUCAUCAGCCGAGCGGCUGUGGAAGCCAAAGUAAGGGUUGGAGUCCUCUUCAGUCUUGGGCUUCCUGCAAACGGCCAAAUACCGCCUGACCUGCUCGCUGAGAUCGCGCAAUUCGAUGACAUCCUGCUCGCCAGCUACACGGACACCUACUACAACCUGACCCUCAAGACGAUCUCCAAUCUGCGCUUUGUUCAUCGCCACUGUCUACACGCCAGCUCCACGUUUGUCUUCCUCGAUGACGAUCAUGGGAUCAGUCUGAAACAGCUGCGCCGAUUCUUCUCAAACUUCCCCUUGUCGGAAGUCCGCAGAAGUAUCUUCGGCCACAUUAACGCCGGAAGCCCGGUGAUGCGUACAAAUGAAUCUAAGUGGAUGACAGAGCGGAAGGCAUUCCCUUUCCCAAAGUAUCCCCAAUACGCAGCAGGUCCUUGCUAUAUCAUCGGUGCAGACCUGAUUUCCAAAUUCUCUAUCGCUGCAGCCUUCACGAAAUUAUUCCCCGUUGAAGACGUCUUUGUGGGUAUUAUCGCUGCAAAGUUGGGCCUUAGAAUACGUCCUCUACCGAAGAUGCACAUCCACCGUUCACGCAUUCCUCGCAGAGCUUUUCCUUUGGUAGCAGAACUGAAAUUCUUUGCCAGAAAGCCUAUCACAUAG